GGACCGGGAAAGGACCAGGACCGGGAGGAGGAGAGGGCGGGCGGCGCCGUGGAAGGAGCCCAGCCCGAGAGGCAGGGCGGCCGAGGCGAGCAGAGGGGCUGGCGCCAUGGGCCUGCGCCUCCUGGUUGGGCUGAUGCUGUCGGCGGUGCUGCCGGGUCUGGGCCGUGGCGAUGGGGCUUGGUGGAACCUGGUGCCCAGGAAGACGGUGACCUACGGGGAGCUGGCAUCCGUGGCCCGGCGCUUCUCCCACGCGGGCGUGAGGGACUUCCUGACGCUGACCGAGACCAAUGGAAUCCUGUACGUGGGGGCUCGGGAGGCCUUGUUCGCUCUGGGCCUGGAGGCCCUGGAGCUGCAAGGAAAGAUCCCUUGGGAAGCUCCUGAAGAAAAGAAGACCGAAUGCACUCAGAAGGGGAAGAGCAACCAGACGGAGUGUUUCAACUUCAUCCGCUUCCUGCAGCCGUACAACUCCUCCCACCUGUACGCCUGUGGCACCUACGCUUUCCAGCCCAAGUGUGCCUAUAUCGACAAGGCCACGUUCUCCCUGGAGCGGGGGGAGAUGGAGGACGGCAAGGGCAAGUGUCCUUACGACCCAGCCACGGGUCACACCGGCCUCAUCGUGGACGGCGAGCUGUACUCGGCGACGCUCAACAAUUUCCUGGGCACAGAGUCUGUCAUCCUCCGCAACCUGGGCCCCCACCGCUCCAUGAAGACGGAGUACCUCGUCUCUUGGCUCAACGAGCCCCAUUUUGUGGGUUCGGCCCACGUGCCCGAGAGCGUGGGGAGCGCCUCGGGAGAUGACGACAAGAUCUACUUCUUCUUCAGCGAGCGCGCGGUCGAGUACGACUGCUACGCCGAGCAGGUGGUGGCCCGCGUGGCCCGCGUGUGCAAGGGGGACGUUGGGGGCGCGCGGACGCUGCAGAAGAAGUGGACGACCUUUCUGAAAGCGCGGCUGGUGUGUGCCGCCCCCGACCGCCAGCUCCACUUCAACCAGCUCCAGGCCCUGCACACCCUGCCGGGGCCCACCUGGCCCAACACCACCUUCUUCGGGGUCUUCCACGCCCGCUGGGGCGACGUGGACCUCUCGGCCGUGUGCCAGUACCAACUGGCGGACGUGCAGCGGGUGUUCGAGGGGCCCUACAAGGAGUACCGGGAGCAGGCGCAGAAGUGGAGUCGCUACACCGACCCCGUGCCCAGCCCCCGGCCCGGCUCGUGCAUCGACGCGUGGCACCGUCGGAACGGCUACGCCAGCUCCCUGGAGCUCCCUGACAACACCCUCAACUUCGCCAAGAAGCACCCGCUCAUGGAGGGGCAGGUGGGGCCGCGGUGGGGCCGCCCGCUGCUGGUGAAGAAGGACGCCAACUUCACGCGGCUGGUGGCCGACCGCGUGGCCGGCGCGGACGGGGAGGCCUAUGACGUGCUCUUCAUCGGGACGGAGACGGGCUGGCUGCUCAAGGCCGUGAGCCUGGGGCCCCGCGUCCACGUGAUCGAGGAGCUUCAGGUGUUUGACCAGGAGCCGGUGGAGAGCCUGGUCCUGGCCCGGGACAAGAAGCUGCUGUUCGCCGGCUCCCGCUCCCAGCUGGCCCAGCUGCCCCUGGCCGACUGCAGCAAGUACCGCUCCUGCGCCGACUGCGUCCUCGCCCGGGAUCCCUACUGCGCCUGGAGCCCCAACACCAGCCGCUGCGUCCCGCUCCGGGGGCACCCCUGGUCCCUGCUGCUCCAGGACGUCGCCAGCCCGGAUCCGACCCUCUGCAGCUCACGGGCCGGCAGGAAAGUCAAGAUCACGCCCAAGAACAUCACCGUGGCGGUGGGCACGGACCUGGUGCUGCCGUGCCGCCUCUCCUCCAACCUGGCCCGGGCCCGCUGGACCUUCGGGGGCCGCGACCUUCCGGCCGAGCAACCCGGCUCGCCGCUCUACGACCCGCGGCUGCAGGCCCUGGUGGUCCUGGCGGUCCAGCCGCGCCACGCCGGCGCCUACCACUGCUUCUCGGAGGAGCAGGGCGCGCGGCUCGCCGCCGAGGGCUACCUGGUGGCGGUGGCGGCCGGCCCGGCGGUCACCCUGGAGGCCCGGGCGCCGCUGGAGAGCCUGGGGCUGGUGUGGCUGGCGGUCGUGGCGCUGGGCGCGGUCUGCCUGGUGCUGCUGCUGCUGGUGUUGUCGCUGCGGCGGCGGCUGCGGGAGGAACUGGAGAAGGCGGGGGCCAAGGCGGCCGAGAGGACCCUGGUCUACCCGCUCGAGCUGCCCAAGGAGCCCGCCGGCCCCCCUUUCCGGCCGGGCCCGGAUCCGGACGACAAGCUGUGGGACCCGGCCGGCUACUACUACUCCGACGGCUCCCUCAAGAUCGUGCCCGGCCACGCCCGCUGCCAGCCGGGCGGCGGGCCCCCCUCGUCCCCGCCGGGCAUCCCCGGCCAGCCCCUUCCCUCUCCCACUCGGCUCCACCUGGGGGGCGGGCGCCCCGCGGGCGGCGCCAACGGCUACGUGCGGCUGCAGCUGGGGGGUGAGGAGCGGGCGGGGCCCGGGCACCCCCUGCCCGAGCUGGCGGACGAGCUGCGGCGCAAACUGCAGCAGCGCCAGCCCCUGCCCGAUUCCAACCCCGAGGAGUCGUCCGUGUGAUGGCCCCGGCGGGCUCGGCUCCGGCGUUUGCACAGGCACAGCUACCUCAGGGACGUGACGGGACGCGGGCGCCCACGGGCCCGUGGGAUGGGCCCGGUUCAACGGGAGGGCUCGGCCCGGGGCGGCCGGGCGGGCCCCCCCGGGUUCCCUUCCUCCGAACGACAGGCGAGGCUGAGCCCCGCCAACUGCGAUGGACGAAGGCGGGCAAGGAAGCAGAAGGCGGGGCCCCCCGCUAUCCCGGUGGGCUGUACGUGGGAAUGUAUGUUUGUGUGUGCGUGUGUGCACGAGUGUGUGUGCGUGGAUCUGAUGAUGAGGGCCAGGUAAUGGGCCGGGACACCACCUCCCCAGGGAAAAGGGGAAGGGACCCAAGUGUCCGGCUCUGUGACUUCCCCAAUCUUGUGACCGAGGGCCAUCUCUGGCCGCUCCCCCCAGGGGAAGGGUGUCAGGAGACAGGGUGUACAUAGACCAGG